AUGUUUAAAGAGGCCACUCGAAUGGCAGAAGUCUACGGUAACGCCAUUUGCAACAUUUCUGCUCUCUCAGGCAAAGAUGACGGGCUUUUCUGUGACAGAAUCCCCGCGACAAUGAACUGCGACUCCGUCAUCCUAGAUCAAACCGCCUUUCAGCUCAAUACGUCGUAUCUCAUCAAUGACUUCCAGCUUUGGAGAGGUGAGCUUAUUCACAUGCCCUUGACCACGCGAGGUUGGGUCUUGCAAGAAGAAGUACUUGCUCUUCGUACUAUCUAUUUUGGCACUCGACAAGUUCUAUGGAACUGUGUAUCCGCCCGGGCAUGCGAGACUUAUCCGGCAAUGCAUAAAAAACCCUCGGCAGAAGCUGAAGUCCCACAUCAUGACAAGGAAAUAUUUCUUCGUGACGACGAGCUCCAACCGAUCACGUCUUGGCUGUCCCUUGUCAAGACACAAUCGGAGAGCAUGCGCAUCGGAGGCCUUGACCGCAAUGAAGUGGAUCAAGAAAAAUUAUAUCGUAUUUGGACUGAUUUUGUGUCUCAUUACUCCCUUCGUCAAUUGACGUUUCCCAUAGACAAAUUGCUCGCCAUUGCUGGUGUUUCCAAAUUGUUUGGGACUGUCAUGAGAGACGAUUUUGUCGCGGGACUUUGGCGCCAGCAUCUUAUAGAGGGUUUGCUAUGGUCUAUUCGUGCAAAUACGAGAACCGCCGAUCCAUCAGAAUAUAGGGCCCCAACCUGGUCAUGGGCGUCAAAGGAAGGUUAUGUCAUGUAUGCCGAGCCCUUCAAAGUAUCCUGGAUUGUCGCAAGGCAUCUGGAUGUGCGGUGCAAUGUGGCAGCUAACGACCCAUACGGACCAGCAGAAGAAUUUGGCAUUGUUUCCUCAGGCAGUAUGACCCUCCAAGCGCCUCUCAUACUUCUGAAACUUGACGAGAAUCGAUCCUGGACUGUACCCACGGGAAAGAGUCAGUUACCUCGACUAAUGAUCCGGCUUGAUUCUACCAAAAACAUGCCUGCCGAAGGAAAAUACGUAGGUGCAAUCAUCCGGACGACAGCUUACCACCUCACGGAUGCACCAUCUGACAAUCGUCGGAAGGCCCUCCUUGCUGCUCAAGGCAUCAUCCUCAAAUCUACCGGCGAGCUGGCUAAGAACCACGAUCAGGAUCUUUCCAGUGAACCAACAUAUUCAUGGAAUAGGAUCGGCUACUUCGCGCUCGAAGAUAAGAAGUCCGGAAAACUAAAACCAAAAUGGCUUCCUGCGGCGGAGGGAGCGAGGAUUUUCCCAUCGCCAGUCAAGAAUGUUGGUGAUGUCGACGUUUUCGAUUUCGAGAGUUCGGCGUCCGCCAUGAGUGUCGUGGAAAUCUACUAG